AUGGAAAUUACUAUGAAUAAUGCCAAACAUGCCCGUCACUUUAACAAUCACGAUCCGCAAAAACACCACCAUAACGUAUCAUCAAGAAGAAAUAGUGAAGACGAGGACACGAUGAUUGUGGAAGUUGAAAACAAAAACAUUUCUAAUAAUGUCAACAACGAAAUCGUACUUGACGAUGAUAGCGAAGGGAAUAUUAUUAACUGUCAAAGCAACACCAACGAUAACCGACAUAAAAAUAAUAAUCAUCAACAACGAUCAUCCUCAAGAAUCUCGACUUCAUUCCCACGAAGGAAAACUUCCGUGUUGGAUAUCUCAUCUUUAUUGUGUGAAUUACCUUCGGCCUCAGCAAAAUCUCCCGUUUAUGAUUCUGCCUCCGUUGAGGAAGAUAGUAUGGACGAUGUUUCAAGUCCAAGUCAUUUAGGUGAUACCGAAUCGUUGGGAUCAUCUCGUUCGUUCCAAAAAAGUCGUGCUAAUUCAUCGACCCCGGCGACGACCCCCCCAUAUUCUCCACCUGGCAUAUCGACAACAAUGACGACUGAUCGAGAGAAGCAACGCUUAUUUAACAAUAACAAUAAUAGUUCGUCGGACGUUGUAGUAGGUAACCUUGAACUGUCACAGCAUGAUCAAACACAACAUUAUUUCAAUGAUAAUAACAACUCAAGUAAUCACCAUCGACAACAACAUCAAGAUGAUGAGAGAUAUGUGGGUCAAGGCAGAUUUCACGAUGAUGUCCCUUGGAAACGACCAUGCAUGGUGGGACAAGAUCAUGGUUCAAGGCCCGUCUUACCACCAAUCAGGAGUUUUACAGAUCUAAGAUCCGAUAAUAACAACAAUAACAAUAAUGAAGAUUCCAACGGGCAAUUCAUUCAAUCACCUUCUGCCGAUCAUGGGAAAAUCAAUUCGCAGGUCGACCAUCAUUCUUCCCAAAAAUCGUGGAAUCAUUUAGAACAAUUUGCGGCUAUUUCCGAGGCUUAUCGUACAAAUUCUUCACACGCAGACAUAAUGGAUACUGUUUCUUCUUCCACCGCGCGUCUGCCACCUGCAUCUUCACUGACAACGCAACGUCAUCACUCGCUUGAAAGUAAUCAUCGUAACUUUCAAAAUAAUAACAAUAGUAAUGCGAGUUUAUUUCAAAAUGGUCCUUUGAGCUCACCUUUAUCUGCGCAAAGGCGUCAUUCGGACUUACCUGGUUUCACCGCAGCCUCCCCAAGGAACGAUCAUCCAUCGCUCGUUUCACCUGACAACUCUUACCAUCAUCAUCAAAGUAACAUAUCACCUUAUGGUUAUGAGAGAGGACAUUACGUUGCAGCUCAUCAGCAACCGAGACCGUCAUCUUAUGGUAUGCAUAGCCCUCAAUCUCCGAAUACGUAUCCAGUUUCUCAUCAUCAUGGAUACUCCGUACCGUCACAUAACCCUUACCCGACUCCACCUUCAAAGCGUGCUAAUGCGAAUCAGUUAAAAGUUCUCAAUCAAGUAUUUCAGCAUACGUUCUUCCCUUCGACCGAGUUACGUAUUCAACUGGGAAAACAAUUGGGAAUGUCACCGCGAACAGUUCAAAUUUGGUUCCAGAAUAAGAGACAAAGUUGGCGCAGCAAGUCACGAGCUACGAACAAUUCCCUCCUUAAUAAUAAUAAGGAUGAUGAUGGUCAAUUGGAUGACAAUAGCAACCUUGAUGGUGAAGCUAAUGGAGCCGGAAACAAUGAAAAUUUAGUUUCUCGAAGGUCUAGUAAUUCAAGUUUGAGUUGUUCAGAUGAUGAUGAAACGUGUCGAAGAUCAAUUCCUGAUUCACCUUUGGAUGUUUCUUAUCCUCGUGGUGAUUAUUUUACUUCAAAAAGAUCUCAAAUGAAUAAUAGCGCCGAAAAUGUUAGUAUGGCUUCAAAUGGGGACGUUUCUUCCACACAAAAUUCUUACAUGGCGCAACAUUCUGCCGAUAAUGGGGGAGAAUAUUACAAUCAUCGAUCAAAUAGUAAUGGAGUUCACGUGAUUACUGGAUCUUUACAUCAUGGUGCUUCCGGCGUAUUGACACCAACCUCUCCAUUGCCACCACCUUCUUCUUUAACAAACCAAUUACCGUCACCUGUAUACUCGGCUUCCUCAACAACGACAGUCAGUAAUGAACGGUUGCCCGCUUUUGCUUCUUCAUUCGCACAGACGUACAAUCAAAACACCACUUCAACAUCAUCUAGUGCCAACAAUGGUUACGACGCGUUUGCAAAUAAUAGGUUACCCACUCCAAUAAUGGCCAAUCGACAUCAACCAUCAUCUUUUGGAUAUCAAUCAACUGUGAGCAGCGGUAUCUAA